UGAAGAACCACCCUGUGAACGACACCAACAGACCGCCGACGACGUUUGAAAUUUGACCGGCAACCGGGCGGUUAGGGUAAGAGCUAUAGACGGGGAGUAUCAAGUCUUAUGAGCUGGCGGGUAUGAUGAGCCAGCAUUCCCAGGGGGAUAAAUCGACCGGUGACAAUCAGCAUCCAAAAGAAGAUGCGCCUCGCGGCCCUUUUGUCGUGCUCGGACGCAGCGCGCUUGUCACAUCGUCACUGCCCAACCCAGCAAGCACCGCCUUCCCACGCUAUCUCGAAGGCCGGGAGGCCAUCACAGCGCUGUCUACGUGCGGUUUCCGUGACGGUGACCCGGCAAAGUCGUGGGUGGCGCCCGACGGGUUCAACUGCCGCGUUGACACGCUUCACGGCAUCUGGGGGUUUUCCCAACAACCGUCAUCGCCGCCACCGACUGCGGCCUGGGCGGCUUCUGCUUCGACGCUGGCCCGUGUCGGACAGGCUGCGCCCCGAGGCGGACAACAACUCAACGCCGUCUUUUGUUCGACCGCGUCCCUCAUCUUCGGACCCGACCAAACCUACGACUAUGUCGACUGUGCCCGCAGCGCCGGCCGAGCAACCUAUCUUGUCGUGCCCAUCGCUGUACCGGCCACGACGACACCAUCAUCAAGACCGUCAGCCAGCCCCUCCUCGCUGAGCCUGCCAACUUCGACCACAACGCCCUCUCCGAUGUCAAGCCCAUCCGGGUUGAACUACAAGAGUACCGAAAACGGUAGCGACAGCGGUUUCGAGGACUCUAAUAGCAGCCCCAGCAGCGGCGGCAGAGAAAACGCCGGUAACACGGGGGCGAUCAUCGGCGGCGCCAUAGGUGGUCUGGCACUAGUGGUAGGAUGCAUCAUUGCCGUCGUCUACCUGCUGCGGAACAACCUCGCUCGUCGACGGGAAGCAGGUGCCGCUGAAGCAUCCACCCUGGAAGACAAGUGUCCAUCGGCAGGCCGGUGGGACCAAGAGGUGUGGGCGAAGAUGCAGUAUGAACAAAGCGGCCGAUGGGAGCUGCCUGUCUACGACCACCAUGGCGAGCCACCAGUGCUACCACCGGCCGAGUUGCCUGCGCAACAAG